CGCCUGCCCGGAACAAAAUUUCCGUUGACGAUUUAAAUGUUCGUGACACACCUCCUUGAAAGGGACGUCGAGACGCUUUGGUCGUUAAGCUGAACUUGCAAGCACUGCGGCUAUGUCCUCGGCCAAGGAAGACACGUUAUCCCCAGACGAGUUGAGGAAAAGACUCUAUCAAACUUUUAAACGUAAAGGAGUGCUUGAUACACUCAAAACACACCUGCGGAAUCAGCUCAUUCAGGAAUUAAAACAUCCACCCAUAGCUGGAAGUGAACCAGUUCCCAGGCCAGUGCCUGCGAAAUUUGAACCCCUAUUAGUCUCAGCCUGUAACAGCAUAGUGGCUGACCAUCUCCGCACCUCCGGCUAUGAGUACACCCUUUCUGUAUUCUGUCCUGAGAGUGGUCUAUGCAAAGACAAGGUUUUCACAAAAGAAGAUAUUCUGUUGCUUCUUAAAAUUAACCCUGAAUCAGCACUUUCCAGAUCCCUGUCUUCAAAUGCAGGGAGCAAUGAUAAAGGGUUCUUGAUCAGCCUUCUGACACAGCUAACACACCAUUAUACUCAAGGUUUCUGCCAUGAUGCUGCAACUCAGACAACCAGCAUAGCAGGCUUUGGGGAAUCUCUUGUUGAAAAGAUGAAAAUGAUUGAUAAGCAAUAUGAGAAUUUCACUUACAGCGGGGACAAAUGGUUUUCAUUCCAGUCAACACUGGCUGCUUAUAGAAAAGAAACUGAAGCACAGAUGCAAGAAGAAAUGAAUACAAAGAUGCAGCAUUUUAAAGAUGCUGAAAUUGCCAAGGUGAGGAUGGAAGAAAAAGCAAACUUUCAUAAAGAAAUUGAUAAGCUGAAGAAAGAGCUGUAUGGGACUUACGAAAUGAAGGCAAAGUCAUUGAUGGACCGGGAGAAAAAUGCCAUUGAUCGGUUACAAAAGCAACAAGAGAUUGAAGAAAAAAAUGUGUAUAUACAGAGGCAAUCGUUGCUGAAAGAAAUUGAAGCACUGCGGAAUAGGGACAGUGAGCUGAGGAUGAGAAUGGAGGCUUUUGAAAAGACUUGUCAGAUUCAUGAGGAGAAGGUCAGGACCACUGAAGAUCUCCUGAGGAGGAGAGAACUGGCUGUGAAGACAAUAGAGGACACAUACGACCAAAGGCUGAAGAAUGAACUUUCCAGAUAUCAGCUUGAGCUGAAAGAGGAAUUUAUCAAGAGAACAGAAAAACUAACUGACAGUGAGAACAGAAACAAAGUGGAAACUGCUCGUAUUCAAAAGGAGUCUGCGCUAAUUAACGCCAAACUAGAGGAGCACAGUAGAGCAUGUUCAGAGCUGAGACGUCUGCAGGUUGAGCUAGACACAGCACAGCAGCAGAUUUCCCUCCUGACUCAGCAGAAUGAGCUGUUAAGAGAGAGACUGGAGAACAUGAGUAAUUAUACUAGCCUGAAAAGGGAGAAAGCAGAACUGCAGGGGCAGCUGCAGCUGCUGAAGACACAGCUUGAGGAGGCCCAAGAGGAGAACCGGCUUCUCCAUGCAGAUUUGGCCAAGCCAUCCAAAGAGCAGUUGGCCUUGCAGAUGGAGCUUCGGAGGCUGCAGGGCGCUCAACGACUAGAUCGGGAAGAGUUUGACACACAGCAACAGGUGCUGCAGGCACAGCUCCAGCGUGAGGCGGAGCGAUGUGUUCAGCUCAAGGCUCAGCUGAUGGAGUGUGAAGAGAGGUCACAGUGGAUGGCUAACCAUGUUGAGAACAUCAAGAUGCAGCUUCAUCAAACUCAACAAGCACUUGAAAAUGAAGUGCUGCGUAACCCCAAGCCCUCUCUUGUUGAUCGCUCAGUGCUGGAGCUUGGUGCUGACAAGCUGGUUCCCCCUGACAUCUAUGUGGACAGACCUCUGCUGAGGGCCAGGGUGGGUUAUGAUGAUGUUUGUGAAACAGGUGGGCCAUUGCAAGGACACAGGUCACCUUGGGACCCAGACUCUGACAUGGAGCUGGUGUCUGAAGCCAAGGCUCGGAUCCAGGAGCUGCAGAAAGAGGCUGAAACCUUGGAGGAGGCCUACAGGAACUACCAGCAGAGGGCAGUGCAUUCCACCAUCUCACACAUGCUGCCCCCAAGAUCUCUUUCCCAGCAGCAAGCACAUCCUUCACAUCACCCUGACUCCCCUUUAAGAAAAAAAGUCCCUCAUCGUUCACACAAACCAAAGGUCUCCCACAAACAGCUCUCUCCCCAGACCACCCAAUCUCAUUCCUAUGACACCAGAGACACCUUAGCACCUGCACAACCAAGAGUGACCUUCUCAGAAGACCACAGCCAACCCCAAUCCACAGUUUUCACUGACCAUAGUCUCCAUUCAUUGACUGAACCUUUGCUUCUGAGACCUCAGGAUGAAAGUUCUGCUACAUCCAAAACUCUGUCCUCCACACCACACUCUUCCUCAAGGAAAAAGCUUCAGAGAGAGAUGGAAAAAGAACCAGUGGGGUCUCCUGUAGCAUUCCCAGAAAUGUGGUCUGACAGACAGCUCCCUCAUCCCCCCCAUGAGGAGAUGGUGACCCUGGGUGACUUUUCCCCUGAGCUCAGUCCACCUCGCAGUCCUCAGCUCAAGAGCACAGCACGAGACCCGUCCGGUCCACCAAAGAUACAGCAUGUCCUCUCCAGCUCAGAGUCUUCCCCACAGCCUGAGAAGAUUAGCCUUGAUGAUCUCACAGGGAUUUUGUCGGGCACUCUGGAGCCCGGCCACAUUCCAGAGCUUCUCCUGGACACUGGCGUCCCUCUCUCCGAGGAGGCCCCUGACAACCCCGCUGUCCCCCACCCACAAGACCUCCCAGAAGACCCGAUAGACUUGCAGAGCCAGGCGGCCCCACAGACCUCAGGUGAAUUUGGUAAGGAAAAGGAUGAGGAGUAUGAAGAGCAGAGGUGGGAAAGGGAGCGAAAGGAAAGAGAGGAGCAACGGCAAAGGGAGCAAGAGGAAGCCAGAGCGAGGGAACUGCAAGAACUUGAAAAACUAGAGAAAGAGAUGCUUUUGCAAGUAGCAGAGCAACCAAGAGAGGAGGAAGAAAAAGAAACAGGGAUAAAGAAAGGAGGAGAUGAAGAGGCUGGAGAUGAUGGAAGGAAGUCUGAAGGUGACAAUCCAUUGGAGAAAUAUAUGAAAAUAGUCCUUGAAGCAAGAGAGAAGCAGCAGGCACCAAUCCCUGGAAGAGUAGAGGAAGGACAUACAAGCCCAGAGGCCAGAAGUUUGUCAGAGGAAAAAGAAGAGAGCAUUGCAGCAUAUUCGCAAAAGGAUGAAGAUGAUGAUUUCUGGUGAGCUGGUUGUGCCCGAGUGCCAUCGUAAACUGAUGAGUUUUACAAGCCUUUCUAGUUGUACACUUUUUGACAGUGUGAAGCAUGUUUGUUUUUAGAUAUUGCUAUUCAGUGUGUAUAUUUGACACAUUUUAACAUUGGUUUAAUGUUUGAAUAAAUUCUUAAGUACUUUUUGGAUGUACUGCGCACUAUGUAAGAUUUUAUCAUACAAAAGAACACGCCACAAGAGAGAGAUGGUUUUUAUUUUCAUAAAAACAGGCAACAGGCUGGUCGAGUCAUGUCAUCAUAAAGUUUCCAGUCAGACAGGAUGCUAGAUUGUCAUCCUGUUGAUUGAUAGGUAGCCUUUAAUCUUUAGUUUUUGGUUGAUUCAACAGCAUACCAAUACAAUAUGUACAUUUUCCUCAUGUACGUUUGUCUUUUACUUCGGCCACUGUAGACCUGUGACUAUUAGUCCUGCAUAGAACGCUGCAGGUUUGGUGCUACUAGGUUCACAGAUACUGUGAAAAACACUGGGCAGAAAGUCACAAUGACAUUCUUACUUUCACUAAAUUUACCAUUUAGAUUGCCACACAAUUUUAUAGCUGACUGGUGUUGCAACUAAUUCCUAUUUGAAAGGUGAAUUAAAAGUUACGCAUUAGUAAUUCACAAGGAAAUCCUUGAUGGUUAAUACAAAUAUACUAUUGGGCAACAAACAUAAUUCAGAUCAGACUUUUGAAUUGAAUAAAAUAACCUAAUAAACACCUAUAACUAAAAGCAACCUAAGGAUUACUGUGUAUUCGGUUAGGAGAAAAAAGGAAACGGGCAAAAACUGCCUACUACUGAUGUCAGUAUGUGUACAUGGCACAUGACUGUACAUCACGUCACUGCAUAAACCGUCGUCUUCAUGCAACAAAGAAAUGUUAUCCCUGUAACUCAACUAAUAGAAACAAAUGAUUACAUGAGUAAUUAGGUCAGCAUUGACAGUUGAACAUCAAAAAAAGAUGCAAAUAUAGAAAAAACAAUUAAGUGGUUUUUGUCAAGCAAAGCACUAAAAAUACUGACUUGUAAUAAAUGUACAGUUCACACCUUCAGCCCCCCCCCAUAGUACCAAUACACACAGGGCAUAGUUAAGUUUGUAUCAGGCUUCAAUCUUUUAAUACACUGUGCAGAAUUUACAUUAAACUAUGAGCUAGAAACUGUUCAGUGCUUCCCUCCCUGGGAAGUUGCCUAAACCAAUACAUAUUCUGUGUGUUUGAGGAAUGUUUACAAUUAAAAUGGGAUUUUCAAGCCAUAGUGUUACAAGGGAGAAGCGUUGUUCGUUCCACGGGCUCUAAUGCACACCUGAGGUAGUGUUAACGUAGGCCAUUGAAGUUCUGUGUGACUUAAGUAGUUGUACGAUUAAAAUUAGAAUCUAGAACCAAAUAGACACUCAAAUUAUCACUCGAGCUAGUAAUGCAGUGAAAUACUUAAUGAUUCUAACUUUAGAGGGCACAUGCAGCCAACUCUUCUGUCACAAUGUGGUGCAUAUUGUAUUUGAGCCAUUUCCUUACUGUCAAGUCGACCAUUAUUGGCUGGGUCAGUACAGUGUGACACUAACUGUAAGGUCUUGUGUUGUGUAUAAUUUGUCUGUAUUGUAAAUUCAAAAGAAAAGUUUUU